GAAACAGGAAACGUACUUGUUCCUGUAAAACAGGGAGAAACUAAAAUUGAGAAUCAUGCCUAAUCACAAAAAAUGUAACAUUCAGAAACAAAACUUCAUGCUGUUUUUUGUCCUGUUUCUCGCAGCAGGAUCUGCCAGAUAUGGCACUGCAAAUGAAGAAGCUUCAGGAGAUGGUUCACCCGCAUUGAAUGUCGCAGUAACACCUAGACCAGAGACAUCUGCAGUAUAUUUUACAACUGCAGGCGACCAAGAUCUGAAACCUGCCAUCAAACCAACAGAGAUUGAGAUAAAUGUUGAAACAGGAAAUAAUGCAAGUACUGAGUUAGAUUGUAUGAAUAAUGACAACACCCCAGAAACAGCAGGUGUACAGCCUGCCUUAAUGUUUGGCAUUCCUGUGGUGAUACUAGUCCUACUAAUUCUGCUGAUCGUUUUCUUUGUGAUACGUCAUAAAAGGAAAAAGUCUAAGCAAGAUGAACUGGGAAGUGAAAAUGUCAAAAGCCCUAUUUUUGAAGAAGACACACCCUCUGUUAUGGAAAUAGAAAUGGAAGAGCUCGAUAAAUGGAUGAAUAGCAUGAACAAAAAUGCUGACGGUGAAUGUUUACCUACUGUAAAAGAAGAAGAAAAGGAAUCCAAUGUCUUCACAAGUGACUGCGAAUCAUGAAGUCCAAACAGCACUGAACUGGUUAAAGGGAAGCUGUGCACAAGGCUCGUAGUCCUAUCCCACAGAUACUAGAUGAACUGGAUGUAAACUUAAUUCGUCUCAGACAGCGAGAGAAGCAAAUGCUUUGUUUCCUGUUGCAUGCAUUCUUCAUAAUGGAGGCAUCACCAAUAAAAACAAGGAAAUGCAUUACAGUAAGAUUAAGGAUCUGGUUUAAACUGCAUUGCAAUGAAAUUUCAGCAUUAAUAUAGCGAGAACAGUCCUAUUUCUGAAGGUCCUCAGAACAGUCCAUGUUCCACCUUAUCCUCUAUCAGUGUGUGGCUGUGAUAUGUAUGACUGCUCAUGUACCAGAGUUCCUCCAUAAAGCAUCACUGUAGCCUUAACUCCCAAUUUCCUUGUGCUAGUGGGUUUAAAUCAGACUGCUAAAUUCAUAAUCUUGUGGGGUGGGGGUUGUAUAUAAUUUACUUUUUUUGUAAUGAUGGAAUAAUUUGUGUUGGAUUUCCAUUGAUGAAGUAAAAGGCUCUGACUGCCAGAAGAGAUUUGAUGCCCACUAAAAAAUUAAACUGCUGAAAGCUACAGCAUGGAGGAUGCUCCUUAAAGCCAACUGCAGCCCCAAAGGAGGACCUAAGGUUUGUCAAAUGUUUUAAGAUUCUCAGGAGAAAGGUGCUAUAGACGUGGAAAGUUUUAUUUUAAGAUUUCCUCUCAGCCGUUGAACCGUAGUCCUCCAGAUAUUCUGAGCUGUUCUCUCAGCUCUUCUCUCAGUUCAGGGCUAUUUUCUAAUAAUAAUUAACUCUAGGGAUUUUCAGUUUAAGGUACUUUCUGUGAAAAGCAGGAUGAAUAUCAAACAACUGGAUACCAAACUAUUCUGAACAUAUGCAUCAGAAACUGCCUGCCCACGAUUUUUAGAAUUAACAAGUUGAUUCAGAUGCCUCAAUUUUUGGGUACCCAACUUGAGACACCUUCAAGGGAGGAUUGCUAAAGGGUGGAUGCUCAAUAUUUUCUAAAAUCAGGCCUCUUACAGAUGCCAGAAGUUGGGCACCCAAAUAUUGUGGAACCCAAAAAAUCACUAGCCUCUUUUUUGAAAAUCAUAACCAUGGGUUUUUUUAAUGUGUAACAAAUGUGUGGAACUGAAUGUUAGUUAAUGUAGAUUUUUGUCCUAUAUUUAAAACAUUAACCUCAAGUCCUAGCUAAAUUUACUUUCUAUAAUAUAUUAUUUUGUACCUGGGCAAUAUAUUUUUGAGAAGUUGGGCACAACUACUUUAAAAAUAUUUUUCCAUGCACAGGUUUUUUUUGUUUUUUUUUUUAAGUGAGGCUAUCAUCUAACCCUCACCAACCAGCCCAACAUUUUAGGGGGUAAGCAACUUGAACAGUAUGACUUGCACUGAAGAAUUUUUGCUCUUUAUAUUCUCAGGUGGCCUUCUUGAAUUUCUUCUUGGCUUAAAUGUAAAUACUUCUACAAAAGAGUAUUUGGUCUGUACAUUGUUCCCAAGUAGUUAAUUGCAAGUAUUCAGCCACUGAGCUGUGGUGACUUCAUUUUUCCUGACUGGAUGAGUUUAUCUUUGAGAAUCAGGUUUGAGUUCAAAAUUAGUUUUUCACAAAAAUUCUCCAACAUUUCCCAAAUGCUCUUGACAGUAAAUUUGUUCAGUAGAAUAUUUGUCAAAAACAACAAACACGACAAAUUAAGCGGAAGCAAUUUGAUUCUCAGGAAGAUUUUUUGUAGUAUUUGCUCAACUCUGUUAGCAACUUAGUAAACUAGAACCUGGAUGUUACUCUGGCAUUUUUCACUCCUUGCAAAGAGUAAUUCUGAAGACAGCAUAAAAGUAGGAUGAUUUCUAGAAGAGAAUGUGGUAUAAGAUGUAUUUUGACAGUUGUAAGAACUGUAGAGUUCUAUGUCAGUCAGUUCCAGUCUAACAUUUUUAGAGCAAGGGCAAGCAUUGACUAGACUGCUCUACCUUCAUUUCCCAUCAAUCCCUUUCUUCUCCUCCCCGCAUUUCCUGUCUUCCCCAUACCAUGACACUCCUGUCACUCACCCCUUUCUCCUUCUUCCUGUUUGAGCUUAUGCCAUCCAUUCUUUCCGUAUGUGGCUGUCAUCAAUAUCUGUCUCACUCUUUUCCUAUCAUCUCAAUUCCUCAUCUCAAACCUAGGCGACUUCAACCUCCCUACUGAUAAUUUAUCCAGCUUCCUUUCUUUACUCUUUAUUUGACCUCCUGUUUUGGACUGAUUUCUCUACUCACCAAAAACCUGAUCCAUUGCUGAUUGACCUCAGAAAGUUUGAAUCAGGCCUCACUUUGAUUACUUUCUUGGCUUUCCCUAAGUACCAUUCUCACAUGUCUUAGUCUCAGAGUUCCUUCUCUCAAACUCACCACUUACUUAAUAUUGCUCAUUCCAUUAACCUUUUGUAUUGCUCAUCUGCUCUCAGUUCCUUCCUUUCUUAAUUUCUCUCACCUUUUACAACUCUAUGGCCAUCACAUUCCUCUCCCUCAGAUUAGUUUCCAUUGCUCAUUGCUCUCACAGCACUGUCCAUCCAGACAUGCAGAAAUUUGCUUUUCCUGCAUCUGUUUCCACCCCCUCAGAUGGUCUCACUGCUGAGUACUUCUCAAGAGAAUCCAGGGACCAUAACUAACUUCCUCCAUUUUCUUUCAGCUCUGCCUUUUUCUUUGCUACAUCAGUUUGCUGCUCCUCCAUGAUUGACUUCUCCUCCUUCUUUAUGAAUAGUCUCUAAGUUUUGCAAAACUUAAUCAGUGGGGUCAUCAGCUAUUAGAUUAUAUAAACAUCAAAAUCCCACUGGCAUCAGAACACAAUUUAGGCCUCUUUGUACAUAAUGCUGAUUGUUAACCCGAUUUGACCUAAUUCACUACCAUUUUGUGCCAUUACUACCUCUCAACAUAGACUGAGAAAAAAUAUUGUAUUUUAAAAACAAUUAUUAGUACAAUGUUAUUCUAAAAUGUCUCCCAGUUUCAUUCCUCCUACUUGUUGGAAUUGUUGCCUCCUUUUUAAUUUUUGUCUUCCACUCAUUACUAGGCACUGAUCAAUACAAUUCAAUAUAAAUUAGAGAAUAUAAUCUGCUCAUUUGUCCAGUAAAAUGGCGGAAAUUAAGUUAGUUAUUGACUCAGAGAAAAAUAGUGAUUGAAAAUUAAAUCUAUAAAUUGAAGAGUGUAAUUAAGAACUACAUUUUUCCUACAAGUGAUUAGAAAUGCCUAUGUAUUAGCAGAGAAUCAUUAACUGACAAAUAAAAAUAAUUCUUCUGUGAAGUUACUUCAGUAUAAGCUACUAACAGCUAAUACCAAUAACAGUGAAUUGGUACCAUGAUAUUUUGAUCAUAAAAUGAGGGAUCACUUUGAUUUACCUGAAUGCAUCUAAGAGGAUGAAUUUUUUGCUAUUAUGCAUUUGCACUUCAGCAAUCCAUAAAUAUCUAUAGACAGAUACAAGCGCAAUGCAAAUUGGAUAAAAUAGGCAAAAAUACUUUAUAAUGCAGAAUCUGAAAAAGUCUAUGAAAAAUCCAUUUUCCAUUCACUUUCAGUAUAUGGAAAUGCUCUGUUUGUGCCAGCAAAUUUCAAGUGAACUUUUAAUAUAAAUAUUUCAAAGUGGGAAUAUAAUUUU